AUGUCUGAAGAGUCAUCAGCGGAUCGCAAUGUCGAAAUUUGGAAAAUCAAGAAGCUGAUCAAGAGCUUGGAGAUGGCGAGAGGCAAUGGAACAUCAAUGAUUUCACUGAUCAUCCCACCAAAGGAUCAGAUCUCGCGAGUCUCUAAAAUGUUGGCGGAUGAAUUUGGAACAGCCUCUAACAUCAAGUCACGUGUUAACAGGCUUUCUGUGCUUGGAGCUAUCACCUCUGUGCAGCAUCGACUCAAACUUUAUACUAAAGCUUGCCAUAGCAAUAUAAUCAUGUUUUUUUUUAUUGCAGUGCCACCAAAUGGUCUAGUCAUCUACUGUGGUACAAUUGUUACUGAGGAGGGAAAGGAGAAGAAAGUGAACAUUGAUUUUGAGCCAUUCAAGCCCAUCAAUACAUCCCUGUACUUAUGUGACAACAAGUUCCAUACUGAGGCCCUCACUGCGUUGAUGGCUGACGACAAUAAGUUUGGCUUCAUUGUGAUGGAUGGUAAUGGAGCGCUGUUUGGUACACUGCAAGGAAACACUAGAGAGGUGCUCCACAAGUUCACUGUAGAUCUGCCGAAGAAGCACGGUCGUGGUGGUCAGUCUGCGUUGCGUUUCGCCCGUCUCCGAAUGGAAAAGCGUCACAACUACGUGCGCAAAGUUGCAGAGGUUGCUACACAAUUGUUCAUCAGUGCAGACCGUCCCAACGUAGCAGGACUGAUUUUGGCGGGUUCCGCUGACUUCAAGACUGAACUGUCCCAGUCCGAUAUGUUUGACCCACGUCUCCAAUCCAAAAUCAUCAAGCUGGUGGAUGUGUCAUACGGAGGAGAGAAUGGUUUUAACCAGGCCAUCGAGCUCGCGGCGGAAUUGUUGCAGAACGUCAAGUUUAUUCAGGAGAAGAAACUGAUUGGGCGCUACUUUGAAGAGAUCUCACAGGACACGGGCAAGUACUGCUUUGGAGUGGACGAUACACUGCGCGCCCUUGAACUUGGCUCUGUGGAGACGCUCAUCUGCUGGGAGAACCUUGACAUACAGAGAUACGUUCUGAAGUCGCAUGCCGCCAACCAGGAGACCAUUUUGCACUUGACACCUGAACAAGAGAAGGACAAGUCCCACUUCACCGAUAAAGACAGCGGUGUUGAGCUUGAGUUGGUGGAGUGUCAGCCGUUGCUUGAGUGGCUCGCCAACAACUACAAGUCCUUCGGAGCCACACUUGAAAUCAUCACAGACAAGAGUCAGGAGGGCAGUCAGUUUGUGAGAGGAUUUGGAGGUAUUGGAGGCAUACUCCGCUACAAAGUGGACUUUCAAUCUCUCCAAUCCGACGAACCGCUGGACGACGUGGACCUCGAUGACUAUUAA